CACCUGCCAUUCUAUCUGAUCACCAUUAAUACAAUCAUCCUAGCUCAGCUCCUUCCAAACCAACCAACAAAAAAACAAUCAUCCUAGCUCAGCUCCUUCCAAACCAACCAACAAAAAAAUCUCAUCAAAUCAAAUACCUCUCUCAAACCAAACCGACCCUUAAAGAAUCUAUCUAUAAUUCAGCCGGAAAAUCUCCAUCUCCGAUCGAUGGCUAAGAAGAAGAUGAUGAAGCUCCAUAUAUUCCCUUCCGUUUUCAACAAGAACAGAGAAGGGGAAGAGAAUCUCAAUUCCUGGCAAUGGAAUUCCUGCACCAACGCAAAGACUCUGUCUUUUCGCUCCAACGCCGCCGUCUCCGGCGGAGACGCCAUGUUCAAGACCGUCAACUCCGUCUACCUCGACCCCUCCGACGGCGUCGAGACGCCGGAGUCAUGGUUCACCAACAGCACCUCAGAAUCCGCUAGCUUCUCGGCGGAGUCCGACGACGAGCAGAUCAUUAUCACCGGAGUGAGGUCGGACCGUCUGUUCUUCGACCGCAGUGGUACCAGCUCCUCCAUAGCCAAGCCGGAGCCCCCGCCGGAAAAUCAAGAAAAUGUUAAAAAACAGAGAGAAGAAGAAAAAGAUGCCGGAGAAGUGGGUCCUCCGUUCGAAGAGAGUGUGGUGGUAUCCAUGGAUUCCGACGACCCAUACCUUGACUUCAAGAAAUCAAUGGCGGAAAUGGUGGAGAGCAGCGGAAUCAACGAUUGGGAUUCAUUGCAGGAGCUUCUGGGAUGGUAUUUGAAGAUGAAUUCGAAGAUGAAUCAUGGGGUUAUAGUCAGAGCAUUUAUGGAUUUGCUGGUUGGACUGAUCUCUCCUCCUUCGUGUUCUUCAUCCUGCUGCUCUUCGUCCUCUUCUGCAAAUGCUGUAAGAACAUCAUAUUCAUCGGCUGUUUCUUGCCUCUCUUCUCCCGCAAAUUCUCCUCUGUCAUCGCUUGUCGGUAGAUCUCAUGGAGGUUGAGGGCGAACAGCGAUGAUUCUCUUCAAUUCCAAUGUUUAUUCUAGGCUAUACUCUUUGUAUAUUCACUACGAUAGUAGGAGUAUAUAUUAUUAGAAGAAAAAAGUUAUGGUCUUUUUUCCAUCUUGCUUGAAAAAAAUCUCAUGUGGUUGAAUGAGUUUAUUCCGUUGAAAUUUAGGAAGUUUUGGUUGAAAUGACUAAUUGGAUGAUUGUGCUGAUUAAUGAGUCCUCGAUUAUUAUGUCAUAGAAAGUUUUGGUUGAAAUGACUAAUUGGAUUUUGUCCUGAUUAAUGAGUCCUCGAUUAUUAUGUCAUUGAAACUUUUGGUAU